GUCUCGAUUCUCGAACCUCCAUUGGACCCACUCGCCAUGCGGAAAUACUCUCCAGACGUCAGGCUUUCACAUUCGCUCAGCGUCCGCCGCUCCAGUGGUUUCACAGCACUAUUUACUCCUGAUGACGAAACGAAUCGUCGUAUCGAGACCCAGUCAGCCCAGAAGGCACAGGCGUCUGUGGAAGCGUUGGCCCCUAGCACUGCCACAACCUCUACGUCAGCCAAAAAAAGAAAAGUCUCACCCAAUCCCGCAUCGAUGACUGAGUUCAGAGAGAUCCUAGCCUCGCUGCAGAACCAGAUUGCGGAGAUUCGGGGAGAGAAUGAGACCACGAGAAAAACACACGCCGAGGACAUUGAAGCACUGAGAAAAGAACUGAGAAAAGUAAGUCGCCCGUCUUUCCGGCCACAAACCCUGACAACAAUCUCCACAGGUUACAAUGUUAAUAGUCCCUUUACAUCUUCGCGUCCUACUCGACCUUGCGCGCAAAAAAGUUCUGGGACACCUCGGCCACAAGACAUGGGACGACCUUCGCGCCUCCCACAGUAACGGUGUUGCCAACCUUGCAGAUGACAUCUUC